AUGUCACAUAGCAGCGAACCCAGAGAGGACGUAGAAAGCGGACUUCCGUCUCUUGAACGGAACCGCUCGUCCUUGACCGACGCCGUCAGGAGAAUAGACGAGUAUGAUGCCCGUGAAAGAUACGAGGCUCGCUGCGAAGAGCAGGGUCUUGACGACGAGAAAGGUGGCAGUCCAAACUCAUCGAGCGACGAAGAUGAAAAGACGAUAGUGUCGUGGGAGGAGAACGACCCUGAGAACCCAUACAACUGGUCAAAUAAGAAAAAGUUCUUCAUCCUCUGCUUGACGAUGAUGCAAGUCAUCAACAGCACGCUGGGCUCAGCACUCCCUUCCAACGCCAUCCCCUUCAUUACCGCAGAAUUCGGCAUCACAAAUCAACAGGCACAAGUCCUCCCCAUCUCGAUCUACCUGAUCGGCUAUGUUUUUGGCCCCGUCCUCUGGGCUCCUCUGAGCGAACACAUCGGCCGCCGUACUCUCACAAUCGUCACCUUUGUGAUGUUCACCAUCUGGACAAUGGCCUGCGCUAUAGCCCCGAACUGGCCCUCUCUUCUCGUCUUUCGCCUUUUCGUCGGUGUCUUCGCCAGUUCUCCCAUCGCAAUCGUGACAGGCAUUCUGGCUGACGUCUAUGGCAACCACGAAACCCGCGGCCGUGCAAUGACGGCAUUCAUGGUGAUGACCACUUUCGGCCCUCUCUUCGCACCCAUAGUCUCGGGCUUCUGUUCCACGUCAAUCGGCUGGCGAUGGUCAUUCUGGGUCGCGCUCAUCUACGCCGGCCUCACCCUCCUCCCGCUCGUCUUCCUCCCCGAAACCUACGGCCCCGUCCUCCUCGUCCGCCGGGCUCGCAGGAUCCGCAAAGCAGACCCCUCGCUCGCCGCCUCCGUCGUCGCCUCGUCGGAGCUCGAGAGGACAGACUUCAAGCAGCUCGCGACCGUCGUCCUCACCCGCCCGCUGCGCAUGAUCUUCUUCGAGCCCAUCGUCAGCUGCACCUGCGCCUACCUCGCCCUCGUCUACACAAUCUUCUACAUGUCCUUCCAGGCCUUCCCCAUCAUCUUCCAGAAGCUCUACGGCCUCUCCCCCGGCGUCGCGGGCCUCACCUACCUCCCCAUCGGCGGCGGCGCCCUCCUCGCCGUGCCCGUCUUCCUCGCCUGGGAGCGGUGGCACCUGCGCGCGCAGGCCGACGGCCACACCUGGGCCAAGCAGGAGGAGUACCGCCGCCUGCCGCUCGCCUGCGUCGGCGGCCCGCUCUUCUUCGUCUCCCUCUUCUGGCUCGGCUGGUCCGCGCGCGACGGCGUCAGCUACGUCGUGCCCUUGCUCGCCGGCCUGCCCUUCGGCGCGGGGUUCAUGCUCAUCUUCAUCGCGCUGCUCAACUACCUCACCGACGCGUACGAGGUCUUUGCCGCGUCCGCCAACGCCGCGGCGUCGACGAGCCGCUCGCUGCUUGCCGUGGUGCUCCCGCUGGCGACGACGCCCAUGUUCAACAGGCUGGGCAUCGCGGGGGCGUGCAGCCUCCUCGGUGGGCUGAGCGCCGUCAUGUGCGUCAUCCCGUUUGUGUUCAUAUGGAAGGGCGAGGAGAUCCGUGCCGGGUCGAGAUUCUGUAUCGCGCUGAGGGAGAGGAAGGAGGAGAUGGAGCGGAAGGUCGAGGCGCAGCGGCGGCGGGAGGAGAUUAGGAGGGGAGCUCUGAGGAUGAAAGAGGAGGUAUGA